CAUAAAAUCUUAUGAGCCUAAGCAGUAAAAUUUAACUAUGGUAUAGUCGAAUGUUGGGCGAAGUUAUACUCCUACUGUACUAGUAUAUUUAUUUAUUUGCUCUUGUCAUCAUCAUCAAGCUCACAAAAAUCACAGUCCAGAACGUCGGACGUAUUAAAGCAACUGUGUGUUUAAUAUUCCCGACAAAUUCCUAAAUGCAAACCCUAGUUUGGAGACCUUGUCUGGUAAACCUACUAGCGAAGCGAUCUCCAUCUUCCCGGCAAAAGGCAAUCAUCUUUUCUCUCCGACCCCGAGCUUUCUCUUCUUCAUCUUCUUCCGAUUACACCAGUCAGUCUCGCGGCCGUCUCCCCCGGUUCUACUCCGAAACCCUCCCCGCUUCCAGGGGUGGAAUUGUCCGUGUUCAAGGCGACGAGUUCUGGCAUAUGACAAAAGUCCUCCGAUUAAACAUCAACGACAGGAUAGAGCUCUUUGAUGGCAAAGGGGGUCUUGUUGAAGGACACAUACAGAAUAUUGAUCGCACAGGAGUUGAUUUUGUGGCAGCGGAGAAGGCAAAGUUAGUAUCUCCUCUGGCCCCACAAUGGCAUGUCUUUGCUGCUUUUGGAACUUUAAAGGGAGGUCGAGCUGAUUGGCUUGUAGAGAAAUGCACAGAACUGGGAGCUAGCAGUGUGACGCCUUUGUUGAGUGAGCGUUCUCCAUCCAUUUCAGAUAACCGAUUUGACAGAUUAGAACGUGUUAUUCUUGCUGCAUCGAAACAAUGUCAAAGGCUGCAUGAAAUGACUUUGAACUCUCCUGUGAAGAUUGGUGGAGUUUUGCCCCUUGUUCGUCAAUCAAAACUAUCAUUCGUAGCUGUUGCGGAGGCUACUCCUGUUUUUGGUGCUUUGAGUACCUUAAGAAAAGAGUCAACUGGGCUAAUGAUAAUUGGACCUGAAGGAGACUUCACUGAGACAGAGUUGAGAAUGAUUGUCGAGGCUGGUGCGACUGCAGUUGGUCUUGGUCCACAUCGCCUACGUGUUGAAACUGCUACUAUUGCUUUUUUGUCAACUUUAAUGUUAUGGUCGACCUCUCCGGAAAAUUAAAAUAAUCAGCUAGAUUUUCAGGCAAGAGUUCCCCGCG